AUGGGGUUGAGUGUUCAUCAUCCUCUAGCUUCUCUUUCUCUAAAUACGGACAAAGAAGCUUUGAUCUCGUUUAGGUCUCAAAUAAGCCAAGACCCACAAACUCUUUUUCUCUCUUGGGACCAAAACACAUCUCCUUGUAACUGGACUGGCGUGUCUUGCAACACAAGAAACAGAAGAGUGGCUUCCAUAAAUCUCUCUAGUCACGGUCUCAGCGGUUCUAUAAGCCCAAGUAUUGGUAAUCUCUCUUUUCUCACAUCUCUUCAACUUCAAAAUAACCAACUUCAAGGUACAAUUCCAAAAGAGAUCACAAAUCUUUUCCGUCUAAAGGUUCUUAAUCUAAGCUCCAACAGCUUAGAAGAAUCCUUACCUUCCAACUUAAGCAAGUUAGUCAAUCUCCGCAUCCUCGAUCUAACUUCAAACACGAUCACUCGUCUUGUUCCAAACCAACUUGGUGAUCUCAAAAACCUCAAUAUCUUAAACUUGGGCAAUAAUCUUUUCUAUGGACCAAUCCCUCCAUCUCUUUCAAACAUUUCAUCGCUCACUGUUUUAAGCCUGAGUACAAACUCUCUUAGUGGUCCAAUACCAUACGAAUUAGGUCGUCUUGAAAAGCUACAAGUCCUUGAUCUCACCAUAAACAACCUCACUGGAACGGUUCCUCCUUCUAUUUACAACAUAUCUUCUCUUGUCUCUUUAGUUCUUGCUUCAAACAACUUAUAUGGUCAAUUUCCAAGCAACAUAGGAGACACACUUCCUAAGCUCUUGGUUUUCAACAUAUGUUUCAACAAGUUCACCGGAGAGAUUCCAGAUUCUUUAUAUAACCUCACAAACAUUAAGGUGAUCCGUGCUGCGCAUAACCUUCUAGAAGGGACCGUACCAUCAAGACUAGGCAAUCUCCCAUUUCUAGAAAUGUACAAUGUUGGAUUCAACAAGUUAGUUUGGGAUAAAGACCAAGAUCUUGAUCAGUUCAUCAAAUCUUUGAGUAAUAGCUCGCAACUUAACUUCCUUGCAUUUGAUGGAAAUCUCUUGGAAGGUGUUAUUCCUGAUUCUAUCGGCAAUCUUUCGAAGAAUCGUUCGAAACUUUUCAUGGGAGGAAACCGCUUCACAGGUAAAAUUCUUGAAUCGAUAGGGCAUCUCACAGGCUUGACACUCCUUAACAUGAGUGACAAUUCACUCACUGGUGAAAUCCCCCAAGAGAUUGGGAAUUUGAAAGGGUUACAAGUACUAGAACUCGCGAGAAAUCAACUUGCUGGUAGAAUCCCAAAUUCUUUGGGCGAUCUUGGCGCAUUAAAUGAGAUCAAUCUAUCUCAUAACAAACUAGAAGAUAUGAUCCCACCAUCAUUUGAAAACUUCAAGAAUAUUCUAUCCAUGGACUUAUCCAACAACAUGCUAAAUGGAAGCAUACCAAAUGGAGUUCUCAACCUUCAAAGCUUGAGUGCCAUCUUGAAUUUAUCUAAGAACCUGUUAUCUGGUCAUAUGCCUCAAGAUAUAAGUUGCCUCGAAAACCUUGUAAGCCUAGAUCUCUCUGACAACCAUUUAUCAAGCAACGUUCCUUCUUCUAUCAAAGGUUGUCAGAGCUUGGAGAAGCUAAACAUGGCUAGGAAUCAUCUGUCUAGACCAAUUCCGGAAACAUUAGCAGAACCGAAAGGUUUUAGAGCUUCUAGAUCUAUCUUCAAACCAGUUUUCUGGUUUUAUUCCCUUGAAGCUUCAAGAUUUACAAGCUUUGAAGUCCUUGAAUCUUUCAUUCAAGAAUCUUGA